GAGCUUCUUGGUAGGUCUCAGUCAGUGAGUGGAAGAGAGCGCGUCCGCCAUUUACAGUUGGGAAGAAAAGAGCGUGUGUGUUUCGGAUCUGACAGACGGAAUAAGCGCCCAUCUUCUUGCCCUCCCCCCACCUCAUGCGGGGGGCCCGGGCUCGAACUUAUAACGAGGUGGAACACUGGCGAUUUUCUUUUGUAGGAAAAAUCAGUUCCAUUGGAAGAGAAGAAGCCGGGAUGUUUCGUAUGUGGAAGGGACUGCAGUGAGAGCCUCUCCCCGGGCAGCUUGAUCUUGCCCUGUGGUUUCUAUUGUUGCUCCCAGGCCUGUCUUGAGUGGCAGUGCGGGCUGUCCUUUCUCAUCACCAUCAUUUGUUGACUUUUUAAGAAAAGCUUAAUAUUUUCAUCGCAUCCAUCUUGAAAGCUGUGGAACCAGAGCCUUUACGGACAUUGACGGAACAGUUGUGGCGUUGUACAUCAUCGAUGUUUAAAAAAAAAAGUGACUCCACAUAUUCGCUGUUCUGCUAUUGAGAGAACUGUCGCCACAUCGUUGUAAAAAGGAUUGUUACUUUGAAUGUGCUGUUUGGGCGAACGAAUAUUCAUUUCUGGAGUUUAAAUCGAGGGAAAAGGGAGCUGUUUAAGCUGCUGACAUUGACUUUUCCAUUUUUAAUUCCUUUGCCCUCCCGAGAAAUUAAGACUGAAUGAAAGCAGUUUGGGAUUUUUAAAUCAAGGAUGGAUGGAUCACAUCAGAUGGUCCAUGUUUAUCACGCUGCAUUGCACCUGACUGAGAUGGACAGUAUUUUUUGUUUCUUUUUUAAAGGAACGUCUGUGUUCCAGGGAUCCGACCCUUUGCACAUAAAUAGCAUGGAGUUAUUUUGUAUUUAAAAACUAUCGGUUUGCAAUUGUCUCCUCGUGGUUAACUAAAAAAAUUGCAUAUCCUUUGAAAUCCUGUUUUAGAGAGGAACCACUACAUUUUGUUUUUUGAAGCCGAUUGCCAAUCGGUUUUCUUGUGGCAAUGUCAGAAAGCGCAGACAAAAUUGGCUCAUUAUUGCGUCCUCCUAAAAAUGGUACCAAUUCCAGUUCGGAUACUACAAUAGGAGAACGUUUUGGAGUAAGUAUGAGAAAAAAGGAAGAGUUCACCGCCCUCAGGAGGCGGAGACAUACAAUGGACAAGGAUAGCAAAGCAGAGCACCAACGUUUUAUUAGGAGGAGUGUGAUCUGCGAUUCCAACGUAACCGCAUUGGACCAUUUACCCAGUAAAACCAGCAUUAUCGUCUCUCCGCCUGAAUCGGAUAAUGCAACCAUAUUAAUAAGUAAUGUUACCAAUAAUAAUGAAGCACAGCCUCCAAUACAAACAACUCCCGUUGACCCAGUCUCUACUGCUGUUCCUGUGAUUAGAGAAGAAAAAUGCGAAAAUUGCACCGAUGGCAGUGCGAAAGAUGGAAGCAGGGUCGCGGGUAUUGGCGAUGAACCAUCUCGGCCCUCUAUCCGUUCGCCCGAUGUCUAUGUUUGCAAUUAUGCAGUAAGUACAACUGGCGGCAUCGUUGUCAGCAAGGACCGAAAAAAACAAAAAGCUGUUCCAAUUAAAGAGGAGGUCGAGUCGAAAGUCAAUGAAGAGGACAGUGCGGAGAACCGUGAGGCAGAGGAGGCAAGAAAUCUAGAGAGAAAAGCGCAGGAGGAUAAUGAAGACAUAGAGACAAAGGCUGUGGGAACUUCCCCUGAUGGGAGGUUUUUGAAGUUCGACAUAGAAAUUGGGAGAGGAUCGUUCAAAACUGUCUAUAAGGGUCUCGACACGGAAACAACUGUGGAAGUAGCUUGGUGUGAAUUGCAGGACCGAAAAUUGUCAAAAUCAGAAAGGCAGAGGUUUAAAGAAGAAGCUGAAAUGUUGAAGGGCUUGCAACAUCCGAAUAUAGUCAGAUUUUAUGAUUCUUGGGAAUCAACAUUAAAAGGAAAGAAAUGUAUAGUGCUGGUGACUGAACUAAUGACAUCCGGUACUCUGAAAACAUACUUGAAAAGGUUUAAGGUGAUGAAGAUCAAGGUGCUUCGAAGUUGGUGCCGUCAGAUUUUGAAAGGGCUCCAUUUUCUACAUACCCGCACCCCACCCAUCAUCCACAGGGAUUUGAAGUGUGACAACAUCUUCAUUACAGGCCCUACCGGAUCAGUUAAAGUUGGCGAUCUUGGCCUUGCUACGUUAAAAAGGGCAUCAUUUGCAAAAAGUGUAAUAGGUACCCCUGAGUUCAUGGCUCCUGAGAUGUAUGAAGAAAAAUAUGACGAAUCUGUUGAUGUUUACGCUUUUGGGAUGUGUAUGCUAGAGAUGGCAACGUCAGAAUAUCCAUAUUCGGAAUGUCAGAAUGCUGCUCAGAUCUAUCGUAGAGUAACCAGUGGGGUGAAACCAGCCAGUUUUGACAAGGUAGCAAUCCCCGAGGUUAAAGAAAUAAUUGAAGGAUGUAUCCGCCAGAACAAGGAUGAACGGUAUGCAAUUAAGGACCUUUUGAGUCAUGCCUUCUUUCAGGAAGAUACAGGUGUGCGUGUAGAGUUGGCAGAAGAAGAUGAUGGAGAGAAACUUGCAAUUAAGCUUUGGCUGCGAAUUGAAGAUAUUAAGAAACUUAAAGGAAAAUAUAAGGAUAAUGAAGCCAUAGAAUUCUCAUUUGACUUGGAAAGAGACGUUCCAGAGGAUGUGGCUCAAGAAAUGGUGGAAUCUGGAUUUGUAGCUGAAGGCGAUCACAAAACAAUGGCAAAAGCCAUCAAAGAUCGUGUCUCACUAAUCAAACGAAAGCGGGAACAACGGCAGUUGGUCAGAGAAAAACGGAAAAAGCUAGAGGAGCAGCAGAAAAAACAUGAUCAACUGCAGCAGCCAAAAGCUCAGCAAGGAGCUAGUGUCACUCAACCUGGGGGAGGACAUCCAUCUCAGUUAUCUGCCACGGCUGUCCCUUCUGCCCUUUCUGUAACCCCACCAACCCAAGUUGAACCUGAAGAGCCUGAAGCAGAUCAGCAUCGUCUACAAUACCAGCCAGCUGGAAACUCUGUUACAUCCGAUGGCACUUUUGAUAGUGGCCAGAGUUCAUCUGGGUUUUCAGAUUCCCAUCUUAGUCAAGCUGUUUCCUAUGGUUCUGCUCAAGAACAGCAUAUUUCAUCCAGCCAACCUCCUGGUUACAGUUCCCCAAACGUCCAAGCAGCAUCACAGCAGCUCAGUGGCCAUCAACAGUCCACAGGGCUUCAAGGUCGUAGCAUGUCUGUAUGUGUUCCUCUCCUUUCCACCAUCCCUGAUUCACCCUGCGUUUCUAGACGGUCUUCCACACCAUCACUGGUUCUCUCUGCAUCUCUCCCACCCUAUGUUCGGGAUACCCAUGAAGAAACCUUUGUAGAAAAGCUAUCCAAAGAUCUGGAAAGUGUCCUGCCUAUGCGCUCUGCUCCACCAUGCAAAUUGCGUCGCUCCAGCCUUCCAUGUAUUAGUUUGAACGCUCAGUCCCCAUCUCUUGUUCAUCCUUGUGGGGGAGUUACAUCACUACUAGAGACUGGUUCAUAUCCAUCUAUUCCUGAAAGACCAUUUUCUUUCUCUCCACCACCAAGUUUUCCUCUGAAAUCUGCUAAUCCUCAACGCCGCAAAAGUACUUCCUUCCUGGAAGCUCACACACGCCAUUUUCAACCAAUGCCGAGGCCCAUGGGCCAGAACAUUCUUUCUCCUGGUGAUUUUUCAAAUCUGAAUGCUGAAAGCUCAACCGUGAAAGGCUUGGUAACUCAUAGAUCUGCUAGUGAACCAAUCCAUAUUGAAGGUCAAGUGCAACCAGAGCUAGUGCAUGCUUUUAUUGAAAGCCGAUCAGGAUUGUGUCACUAUGAAGAUAUUCCACUUUUGGGUUAUCCAACAAUUUAUCCUUGUAAUAUUCAGCUACAGCAAACUUUGCAAGAAACAUAUGUUACUCAUAGUAACUUGCCUGCAUUUGCACUUUCUUUGCACCAAAUUCCAACUGAUGUAAAUGUACAGCAGCAGAUUUAUUCCCAGCCCUUGGGUGUGGAGGAGUCCUUGAGUGGUCCGACUUUUCUCCCUUGCCCAAACCGAAAUCUGAUGGGACAUGCAUCUCAGAAAUUACAGGUGGCUUCUCACACAGUACCAGCUCAUCUUUCAAAUCUACCUUCUCAUCUCCAACUGCCACAGGACGUGACACAAGUUCAUGGGCAACACAGGAACGUUGGAGAACCCCAGGCAGUAUUUCCACUGACAGCUCAAGUAUUUGUACCUGUACGGGAAGAUAAAGAUGCUCAAAGUGAACCUGCAACAGCAGGUCUUUUCCCAAGAAGCUGUGUUGGGGUAAUGAAUACUGUGCUCUCCCUUCAUCCUCUCCCUCAUUCUGCACCAGCUGUUCCACAAUUAAAUGAAAGCAGAACUGGGUCAGUCUUUGAUUUUCAAGUUUCUCCAGUUCACAUGGAAAGUAAUGGCAAUCAAAUUCCUUUUACUCCAUCUACUCCAAGAAUUUACAGAAGUCGACGGGGUUCAUUGGAUCUGAGUUCGGAGGACGGCCAAGGAACUGGAAUGUACAGUAGGCUUCAGCCAGUAACUGAAGAACAAGUUGUUUCUUUCAGUUCAGAUACUCUGGUACUUCCAGGAGACUUUCUGCUGAGGAGACAGCCAAGGUCAGAAGAGCUCUCUCAGAGUCUCAGUCCACAGCGUUCAAGUGACUCUGGUCAGUCGAGUUCCUCAGAAACACGAGAAUUUCAGUCACCACCACCUGUGGGUUCUGCAGCUCCAUACUUCAACUUACCAUUGUAUCGAGAGCAGCAACAGGUUUUGUCGGAACAUGGCACUGAUAAUGAAACAUUGCAAAGUGUGUCACUUUCACUGGCUGCAUAUCCAUCAGUGUUUCAAGCAGCCUCAGGGACAGCAUGUUUAUACCUCCAAGUCAUGGAAGGAUCCAGUUCCCAUCCUGUUUCAUCCCAGCAGAACUUCCCACUGGAUCACAGUUCUGCAGAUGGACAUUGUCUACCUUUGCAGGUACAAAUGCAGAGCCAACUCCCUUCCGCCAACCUUCCUCUGGGUGUGACCUCUCAGCAUUCUUCUUCACAACCGCCACCUGGUUCUAUACAGCAGACAAGUCAGUUUGGCAGUUACUUCACCCCAACGUAUCUUCCACAGACAAUACAGCUGCAGCCUGUACAGCAUUCCUUGCCACAAGCGCAAUCAAGUGGUUCAGUUCCAGUCCAAGUAGUUACUCAACAUCAAAGUGUACCCAUAAUUCAGAACCAAAUACUUGCUACUCAACAAGGACCUACUGCAUCACAGAAUUACCCUACAUUGUUACCCGGUGUUGCUCCUAAUCCUGUGAAGUCUUCUAUUGGUGUUCAGUCCACUGUGGUUUCACCACCACUAUCAAUUUCUACUGAAGUUGUAACCCAGCCGGUUACUCAACCAUCAUAUCACAUUCUGCCUGCCACAGGUGUGGCACAAUCCUACAUUGACUUUUCAGCAGGUGGACAAAUAAGAUCACUGCAACCUGGAACCACCACUAUUCAGAACCAGAUUGGGACUCCAAUGCAAUUACAGACACAAGCAUCGCAAGAGAUACCCCAGGCAUCCCCACAGACAUUGUCUGUUGAACAGAUAUACCAAUUGUGUUCAUUGGUUGACAGUGCCCACUCUGAUGUUGCUUCAGGCAUGAGUGAUGGAAAUGAAGGUCUUACAGCAGGUGGUGGAAAUGAAGGCCUUCCAGCAAGUGGAAGACAUGAAGGGAGAUCAGCAAAACGGCAUUAUCGCAAAUCUGUGAGGAGUCGCUCACGUCAUGAAAAAACAUCUCGACCAAAGUUACGAAUUCUUAAUGUUUCAAACAAAGGAGAUCGGGUUGUGGAAUGUCAGUUGGAAACGCACAAUCGAAAAAUGGUUACCUUUAAAUUUGAUUUGGAUGGUGACAAUCCAGUAGAGAUAGCAUUUAUUAUGGUUCAAAAUGAGUUUAUCCUGGAGACUGAGAGGGAAUCGUUUAUUGACCAAGUACGGGAAAUUAUUGAAAAAGCUGAUGAAAUGUUGAGUGAAGAUCCAAGUGGAGAACCAGAAGGCGAUCAAGGAUUAGAGACUGUAAAAAACCAGGUUGAUGUUUGCUUUGGUCAAACACAGAAUGCAGAAGGCAAAUACAGACAACAAGAAACUCUAAUAUCUGUACCACUUCAGUUAGGUACACAGGUGGGCUCUGCAAUGCAAGUGGUCCAUUCAGCUGGAAGACGAUUUAUUGUCAGCCCAGUUCCCGAGAGCCGAUUGCGUGAACCAACAUUAUGUAUGGGCGUCACUUCAGUUAAAGAAUCUUCAACAGCUGUUUCCCAUAGUCACAAUCUAAACCUGUCACACUCGGCUUCUUCAGUGAGUUUGCAACAAGCCUUUUCCGAGUUAAAGCACAGAGCAUUUCAAGAGGGCCCUAAUACUGCCCCUCCUGUCUUCAACCAAACCAUUCCACAAUUUCCUAUGGUACAUCCAGAAAUGGCUAGCAUUGGACAAGGAGUUAAUACCCAAACAGUGGUGUCAUCCUCAGCACCAGCUAGUCUAUUAAUUCCAGGUUCUGGAUCUCAGGCCAAGGUGCAGAGUAUUCAAUCACCACCUGCUGAUCAAUUAACUAAUGAAACCGUUACUGGUAUAAUUACCUCCAAUACUAUUUUGCUGCCUCCAACCUUGCAGCCAGCUCAGCAUUCAAUUGAUGGCACCUCUGCUAAUGUAAGUGUUCCAACUUGUGUAUCUCCACCACAGUCAUCCCAGCCAAGUCGGCUAAUAAUUGGAGACCCUGUCAUAAGUGAUCCUGCUUCAAGCUCUGUAUCUCCACCUCUGACGUCACACCUGGUUCAACAUUUAAUUGGAGGAGCUGCAAUCAGUGGAGGGUCCUCAACCACUGUUUCUCCGCCUUCUACUCAGACUGUGAUAUUGCAAGCUUCUCAACAACUUUGUGGUGGUGCUGUGGUCAGCCUGCCAGAAUCGUCAGCCUCACUGAGCACAUUACAGGGCCAGACAGAGAUUUUGUCCAGUACAACCCAAGUUGAAAGUCAGCAGAUGGGUGGUAAUGGCAUAACUCUGGCAGCCUCCACUUCAUUACCACCCACAUGUGGCAUUCAGACUGCUGUGAGCCAGUCCAUUGUGGUGCAAACAAUUAGUGCACAAAAUGUUACCCUACCUCAUACUGUGGGUGUGUCUGUGCCUUUUGCAACACAGUUCUCUGUCCCAGGCACAGCACCUGCACAACCUGUUUCCAGUGUUUCCUCUGUACAGCAAACACUGAUUCAUAACCAACCUCAAACAGCUUUUCUUCCAAAUCAACCCCAUAUUCAUUAUUCUGAAGUCGACAUCGAUUUGAAUACCAAAGGCACUGGCAUUGAUGAUAUCAAGACAUUGGAUGAAAAGCUUCGUUCGUUGUUUAGUGAACAUAGCACUGGAGGGUGUCCUCACAUUUCAGCACCUUUGGAAAUGGGAUUAAAUGCAGAGUCUGCUACAAUUGAGAGUUUGAUUGCUGCAGGAAAAAUAACUGGUAUCCCAGGGACUUCAACAGUUAGUGUCCCAUCCUACCCAGUUACCACCACAGGUUCUAUCAUACCUCCUUCCAGUUUACCUCUUGGCCCUACAGGACUUCCAUUGACUAUCCAGCAGCCUUCGACUCCGUCCAGUUAUUCAGCAGUAGUUUCUUCUAUGCCCAAUGUCAUUUCAACCACAGGGCGACCAGGCACGCCGCCAUCCAAACCACCACUUGGCAGAUUACUGGUGCAACAGCUAAGUACGGAAGCUCUUGACCAACAAUUAAAACAGGCUCUCACUCCACCCACUGAGCAGUUGCCACCUUUUCCAGGACCUUCACUAACCCAGUCACAACAGCCUUUGGACACUUUGGAUGCCCAAUUGAGACGGGCCCUGAGCCCAGAAACGGUUUCAAACAUACCUGGUGUGUUUACUUCAGUGCAGAGUGGGGUUCCUGUGAAUGUCUCGUUAGCAUCUUCUGUACAGAGUUUUACAGCAACCAGCUUGUCUGCAGAAGGUCUUGUCCCUCAGCCUGAUGAUCAUGUGGCUGAUUCGGAAGACAAAUAUGGCCCUCAGCAGGAUGGCAUAACAACAAACACAGUUACUUGUAUUGGAACUGGAGUAGUGAAGUUGGGUCGUUUUCAGGUUUCUGUGACACCAAAUGAUGACUUGCAUCAGGAAGCAUAUGAUAAACUCCGAGAGUGUAAGCUGCAACAGACUUCAGAUGAAUCUUCCUCGUCUGGAAGCAGCCCCGAAUGUACAGUUGUUAAGCCAUCUGAACAUGGCAGCCGUGAAGAUGUUAUGGAUGGUACCCAUGUAAUUGAAAGCAGAAAUAGUGAGCCCCUACCAUAUCAAGAGCAGGAGCCAGCCCCGCAUGCAAAAAUAGGUCGAUUCCAGGUCACAACAAGAAGGGACACUGUUGGCCGUUUUUCAGUGGCAAGGACACAAGAUGAAGUUACGUAUGAAGCUGGCAACCUGAGUGUUCCUUUGAGUACUGCUCCAUUAACAGUACUUUCAUCAUUGCCAGUGGAUCAUGUUACAGAUCAAAUGUUACCACCUAAAGAGGCCAUUGAAUCAGAACAAUAUCUACAUACAAAUGGACCAGUUUUGCCUGAGACAGGAGAGCAACUCCUUUCAGAGGAAUUGGAUCAAAUACAAGUUGAUUGUCCAGGCAGUCCAGUGUCGCCUCAAUCAUCAGAAUCCAAGGGGACCAUCAUUGUGCAAAGCCUUACCAAUUCCUUUAAUUCUUCCUAUAUGAGCAGUGAUAAUGAUUCAGAAAUUGAAGAUGAAGAUAUGAGGAAGGAACUGCAUAGAUUGAGGGACAAACAUUUGAAGGAGAUUCAGGAAUUGCAAUCACGGCAGAAGCAGGAGAUUGAGGAACUCUAUAUAAAAUUGGGUAAGGCACCACCUGCAGUAAUAAUUCCACCUGCAGCACCCCUGUCUGGACGUCGCCGACGGCCCACCAAAGGCAAAAGCAGCAAAUCUAGUCGGAGUAGCUCCCAAGGACAUAAAAGUCCCUUACUUUCUGGGUCCUUAACUGCUCAGAGUACUUCAAUGUUGUCAGCACCACAGAUGUUGAUGCCACCCCAAAGUUCUCAUGAAUUCAUUUCUGGACAAGGUCAGUUGUUGAAACCCUCGCCAUCCAGUGAAAAUUUGUACUCUGCUUACACCAGUGAAGGGGUGAUUUCUGGACAAAGUGUCUCUGGUACUGGACCAGGCUCAGCAGCGUUUCACUGUGCAUCAGAACAAGUAACUUUUAAACUUGGCGGCAGAAGAACAAGGUUUCUGAGUACGCCCUGUCUGGCUCUUUGGAAGAUGGUGAAAAAAGUCUGCCCAUGCAACCAAUUGUGUAGGACAACUAGCACAAAUGCAGUAAGUGGGGUUGGGCAAAUGCCCCAACAACCAGCAAUGACAAGCAGAAAAGGCACCUUCACAGAUGAUUUGCAUAAGUUGGUAGAUAAUUGGGCUCGAGAUGCGAUGAACCUAUCACAGAACAAGCGUGGUAUAAAGCAGCAGGGUCAACCAGGCCAACAUUAUUCUGAAACAAUGCCGAGGAAGUAUUCAGCACCAGGUCAACUUUGCGUCUCCAUGACCAACUCUGUGGGAGGACCACCUAUUUCUGCUUCCUCAGUGGGUUCACUGGGUCCUUUCAGCAAGACUCCUCUCUGCCAGUAUGGUUAUCCUGGAGCGCCAUAUGGUGCUCAGUGGACUGGAGCACCUCCCCAACAGCAACCUGGCAUUAUAGCACCAACGGCUGGCCUCCAGUUUCAAGGAGUUGGUACCACAUCACUACAGAGCUUUCCCUUGGGUACUUUGCAGAAAUCUGUCAGCAGUCCUACCGGAUCCAAUCUUAGGACAACGUAGAUUCUAGUUCUGGAUAAGUGUGAUCAAUAGACUGAGUGGAAUUCAAGGUUAAAUGCCUCUGCUGAUGUUGCCAGGGCUAGGUCAUAGAGCUUCAAAGUGUACAAAUGGCUGACACUGCUUUUAUAUACACAGCAUCAUUGAGAGCUAUUUUACUAGUUCUGUUUCAAACAGCGUUCUGUGCGGACAUGUAUUUACCCAUCAGUUUUUGAUGUUCAAACACUGUGAUAUAUAAAUGUUGUUGGACAACAGUAGUUAAAAGUGGAUUUAGAGGGUUUAAAGUUUUAAAGAAAAACAUAAAAAAAACUAAAGCUAGCUAUAAUCCAUACUUAUCAGACACUUUAACUUCCUUUGUUACUUCAUUGUAUUAGAUAAAUAAAUGUGAAUGUAAAAUUGUAUAAAUGUACUUGAAUACCUGUUUUCCCAGUAUGCUUGCUGGAUUCAUAGUGCCUUGUAUUGUGCUUCUGACUUGUCUGCAGGAAAGCACUUAGUGUCCCCAACAGAGAAAAUAAAGAGGAAGAGAGCAAGUGAAGAUGGAGUUGUGGUAAUGUGAAUAGUUACACUUGUUCUUUAACAGAGCUAUUGUCACAGGCAGUGACUGAAUUGCCAUCCAUUCCCCUUAAUCUGUUCUUGUCUUCGUCCUUCCCUCCCCGGUGAUAGCCUUUUAAUUACUGAAAAUGUGGAGCACUUAAGGCCAAGGUAAUAAUGGUUUAAGUUUUCUCAUGUAGUUUAAGGGUCUGCAUUUUCCAGAAUUUUCGUCAAGUGCCGUUGCUUCCAAAAAUGCAUUGGAAAAAUCAUUUACAUUUGAUUCUAUUGAAGUUCCCGUCAAAAUUAUUAUUUAAUAGUUAUCACUAUGAAUACUGCUGAAAUAUAAUAAAAGCAGCAGUCCUUUUACAUACCAGAACAUGUUUCAGGUUCCUUCAAGUGAUAUUAAAUUGGUGGGAGGAAAUUAGGUUCUGCAAAAAAUCCACUAUUAAUCUUUUAGUGUAAUUCAUCAUUGCAGUUUAUUGAUCAUCUGUUAAUUUAUAGAUGACCAUGGCAACGUUUACUCUGUGGUUGUAGGCUAUCACCAUUAAAAUAACCUUUGAAGCAACACAGAACAAUGUUAUUCAUCUGGAUGUAUGGGAAAUGUGAAGAGUGUCAUGGAGAACUUGUAAUCACUUCAGGAAGGCCUUUCUGAUGCUAUCUCUUGGUUUUUCCUAGAAUGUAAAUCCUGAUUUCCAAAUGAAAUUCUAUAUUGGUCAUAAUCUAUUCAGCUGUGGUGACCAGAUUUGGGCCAAGUGCUUUAAUUUAAACAUUACAAAAUUAAAAAGACCGAGCUGAUGUAGAUGUUUUCCCAUUGAUAUAUGUAUAAAAUAAACAGAUUUAAUUCCUGUACGAACAGUUACUUGAAAAUUAGCGACUUUUUCCAUUUCCCCAACCCAGAAAAUAUUUUUCCUUCCUCAUUUCACAUUUCAAUGCAAACUACACAUUUAGUUUUGUUUUGCCAGGUAUUUGCAAAAAAGUGACUCGUAAAGAACUGGUUGAGAGUUAUGUUGCAGUUUAUAGUGAUAUGAAAAAUAAAAGGACAAAUACACAAAAUUUGGAUGCAAAGGUUGUUUCAGAGAGAAAGAGUUUCAGUUCUCUGACUUUUAUCAAAGAACUGUUAAAAUCCUGCAUUUGUAUUUGUUACAAACUGCAGUUGAGCACUUUAUUUUGAUUUUUUUUUCAAGUAAAAUUGAGGAAGGUUGCACCAUUUAUUAAAAUAUUUUUUCAAUAUGAAUGAAUGGUUAGUUCUGCUGUAACUGUUACAACAAUUCAUGGAACUGAAGAAUUUUUACUGCAGCACUUGUUGCAGACUAUUGCUGAAAAGUGAGCCUUAAACAAUAUUGAAUAGAGUUGGGAAGCUUAAACUGAAGUUGUAGAAGUAGACAUACUAUAGCAAAUUAUUCCAUUAGCUCUUGUUUGAAAUGCCCAAACUCUAAGAAAAGCAUGCUUUGAAAUUAGAGUUCUCUUGUAAAAAGUACCUGUUAUGAAGAACACACUUUUCUCUCUAAAGGCUUUUAAUACAAAAAGCUUAGAAUUAUCGUGUAAUUUUAUUGUUAGUUGGAAAUGUAAUGGUAUUCUGUACACCUGCUUUGGGGAAGGAGGGGUGGGAUUUAUUUUAUUUUAGGCAGAUAGGCAUGAUAAUGAGAACUUUUUAUUUCUUUGUCUUUGCUUCCCUUUUAAUAAAAUUGGAAGGUAUGGGGGACUGUUUCAGCAGGUGCUUUUGUAUCUUCUACCCCAUGCUUCAUCAUAUUUCUUAUUUCUGUAUGUGGAUUAAUUUCUUUAAAUCAAAGCAAAUAAAGGCAAGUACUACAACCAGUAUUACUCCUUAGACUGCAAUAAACUGUGAAAAGUCCACACAUACGUUGCUUUUUAAAAAAAGUUGAAAGUAUAAUUUUUCGAUGAGUUAUCUGACCUCUGAGUAAAACCCUAGAUCUUCUGUGAAAUUUAUACUAUUUGCAUGGGGUUGAGGAGGUGGCUCAAGUUUCUAAAUAGUCUUUUUUUUCCUUUGCCCAACUAUUCACCCCUCCCCAUGAAAACAACUCCAGUUGAUGUAGAAUAAUAUGCAAUAAAUAAUCCUGGGACUGCUAUUGAGGAUGUUGGUUACUUGGUAUUUGUUUUUGGUUCCUGUUUAAGUACAGGCAGAAAGUUACGAGUUUCAGUACAUGUAUGCUAUUCCUGUGCAUAUUUUUAUGCAGUUAAUAUAUUCUGUAUUAUGUUGCUCUAAUUAAGAAUUAUUCUCAUACGACAACUAGAGCAAAUAGCAGCUGGUCUUCAUUUUAUUUUAAAUUUGGGUGCAGAACACAUUUCUUUCUCUCCAUCUCUCCUUGUCUUGGGCUUUUUUUUAAUAUUGUGCAAAAAGCUUGAUCCAUUUGCCAUUUCCCUUAUGGAAAACAAUUGAAAAAAUGUACAAAUGUUAUAAAUGCUACUGACUGGUGUUAAAUUAUUUUCUGUAAUAUCUUUCUCCCCACCCUCCCCCUCCCAUCAAAUUGCAGUCUUGAAUCUCUUCUGUUGCUCUGGAGUUCAGUGUCUGUCCAAGAGAUCUCCUUUCAUUAUUUAACAUUAUACACUGUAAAGAAAUAUGGGGAUCAUUUGCAACAUGAAUUGUAUGUUUGCACUAAAUAAAGGUGUUGAGCUACAUGCAAGAUUGCGCUUUGCGCUGAAAUUUGUUACUUUCUUUGUAGAUUAUUAACUGAAAUCAUUCAAAUAAAAAUGAUCAAAAUCUCAGUA